GAAUGAACCAUUACUAAAUAGAAAGCAUGGAAGGCGUGGUAGUAGAAAGCAGAGAAUGGUUCUUGGCUGCUUACUCCACUGAUGGAGUUCCAACCUCAGAACAUCUCAAACUCCGCACUGUCACACUCACUCUGGCCUCCGAUUCAAUCCCCGACGGCCAUGUCGCCGCAGAAACUCUCUUCAUCUCCGUAGAUCCAUACAUCCGCACCAAACUCACCGGCACCCCCGACGGCCUUAACCUUCCGCAAUAUCACAUUAAUCAGGUGAUUACAUCAUUUUCGGUUUCAAGGGUAAUAAGAUCAAAAGACAGUAAAUAUGUGGAAGGGGAUCUUGUUUUGGUUCCAUCUGCUCCUGUGGCUGAAUACAGUAUCAUACCCUCCUCUGGGAUACUUAGAAAAAUUGAUGGUGAAAGUGGGAUUUCUUUGCCGGAUUAUCUAAGUUCUUUAGGUGUACCUGGGUUUGCAGCAUGGGUGGGGAUAGAGCUGCUGGGAGAGCCAAAGGUGGGUUCAAACGUGUUCAUAUCUGCUGCGUCUGGUGCGGUGGGCAUGGUUGCUGGACAGCUGGCUAAGAUCAAAGGGUGUAAGGUCAUCGGAAGCACUGGAUCUGAUGAGAAGGUAAAGCUUAUCAAAGGGGAAUUUGGGUAUGACGAUGGCUUCAACUACAAUAAGGAAUCAGAUUUUGAUGCCGCUUUAAGCAGGUACUUUCCUGAUGGCAUUGAUGUUUAUCUUGACAACGUUGGCGGUGAAAUGCUUGAAGCUGUUCUUAACCAUGUCAACAAGUAUGCUAGGAUACCACUUUGCGGCAUGAUAUCUCAAUAUAAUAAGGUUUGGACUGAAAGAGAAGGCGUCAGGAAUCUUCUGAAUAUGAUUGGCAAGGAGGUGAGGAUGGAAGGUUUUAUGCUGGCGACUUAUUGGCAUCGUUUUGGAGAUUUUGCUCAAGAUAUGGAGGGAUACAUCAAAGAGGGCAAGGUUAAGUCCAAGAAUAAAAUAAAUAUUGGCAUUGAGAGCUUUUUGGAUAGCUUAAGCUCUCUAUUCACUAGCUCUAAUAUUGGUAAAGUUAUUGUGCAAGUUAAGGCCUAGUGUCCAAAUAUCGAUAUGCUUGAUCAAUGAUUAUGAUGUUUGUAAUAUUUUAGCACAAGCAGUGUAAUAUAUCAUGAAACACGUUUCCCCUAUUCAUUCCUUUGUGUUAAACUUGCUACCAUAUGAAGACUGAAUAUGUAAUAUUUAUACAGAUAUAAAUUAUGUAAUAUUUCAGAUAA